GAAAGGGCGGGAAACGAAACCCUGGGAGCCGAGCCCUUUUCGUCUCUGUGGAUUGCAGCGAUCGACGAUCGGAUCCCUUCUCAAUGGCGGGAGGCGAAGCCCUAGAAAUCUCGCGCCAGAUCCAGGCUCUCGUCUCCGACAAACUCCAAGUGGUUUCUUACAAAUGGCUUAGCCGCAACUUUUCGUUGUCAUCAAAUUAUGCCAAGAGGUUGCUGAAUGACUUUGUUGCCGAGCAUGGAAAUAAAUUACAGGUUGUUUAUGCAAUAUCUGGGUGGUUGAAAAAUCCUCAAAUGUAUUGCAUAAAACUUGCGUCAAGAUCAAAUCUUGCAGAAGUAAAACAGGAAUUUAAAGACAACUUCUCAGUUCAGAUUUAUAGUGUCCAAGCUUGCAUCCCAAAGGAUCUAGCUUUGCUUUGGAAUGCAGAAUUUGUACAAGCAGAAGAGCUCUUCAGUCAGCCCUUGACUACUGAAAAUUGUUUAAGGGACAACAGGUAUUGUGGUGUUUCAAAUUCAUAUGUCAAACGCACAGUAGAUGGAAAGUCAGCGGGUGGUGUUUCACAGCUGAAAAAUGAUGGAACUUCUAUGGGACCUAAAACUAGUAGCAUCCUCAAAAAUUCAUAUGCUCCAGGCCCUCAACAGGCGCAGUCAAGUGCAAAAAAUGGAAUAGAGGCCUCUGUAAUGGCCGCUUCAAGUGGUAAAAGUGACAGAAGUGCUUCAGUAAUUAACAAUCAACAAACAGAGCCCCAUGUAACUAAAGAAUCAAUAGCUGCAAUCAACACUAACAAAAAGAAAGGCAAGAAUGAGACAUCAUCAGGAGGCAAUGGUUCUAUAGCUAGUUUAUGGGGUCGUGCAUCUGGGAUUUCAAAGGUUUCAGCAUCUGCCACAGACACUACCAGCAAUGUUGCAAAGAUCUCUAUCACAGCUGAAGCGCAAAUUUGUGCAGAGGAAGCAGCUAAUGCUAUGAGUAGUGAUGAUGACGAUGAGGCUGAUCUAAACUACAAGAGAGGAUUAAAUGGUUCAAACAAUAGAAAGAGACGGGUGGUUAUGGAUUUUUCAGAUGAAGAUGAGGAAGAGGAAAAUGUAGUCAGGCUUGCAUCUCCCGAUCCUCCAAAUGUGCGGCCUACGUCAACUUCGUCACAUGAUAUUGGAAAGUUGGAGGAAAAGAAAUUAAGUUCUGAACACCCAAAAGAAGAAAAAUUGGAGGUUAAGCAAGGUAAAACCAAAGAGAAAUAUUCUGGAUUAUGUGAGGGUGAUUUAAGAGUUGGAAACAAACAUGACAUUACUGGGAUUUCUUUACAUAAGAAGAGUCAGAACAAUAUUCCAAAUGCAGUUGAUGAAGUUACGGAAGCAAACAAUGAGGAAACUAAUGCUUCCACUUUACCCAAAAGAAGAAAGGUGCUAAAAACACGAAUAGAUGAGCGUGGUAGAGAAGUGACUGAAGUUGUCUGGGAGGGAGAAGCUGCUUGUGAUACUGAUAAGAAUACGACCAGUAAUGAUGUUGGGAGCAGACCUCCUUUAGCAAAUAAAGCACAGGAAGCAGGAAGAAAUGCCCCAACCAAUCCAGUGAGCAAAGCCGGUAACAAGAAACCAGCAAAAGGUGGUGGAAAGGAUGCUAAGCAAGGAAACAUUUUAUCCUUUUUCAAGAAGGUUUAAAUCCCUCCAUAUAGAGGCUCUAAUUAUUCAGUUUCGGUAUGGGUAUCCACUAAGCUGUCUGUCUGCAUUUACCACAAAAAGUGCUUGAUGAUGGAGAGAGAGAGAGAGAGAGAGAGAG